CUGUGAUAGGAGAGAGAGUCACAUCAUUGCGUUGGUAUGAAUGGUUGAAGAGGGCGAUAAAAGGGCAUAAAUUAGGUUUUCUUGCCCACGAAGUGAAGAUAGAGAUAAUUUGGUGGGUGGGUGGUUUUGUUUUUCUAGAGAGAGAAAGUGGAGGAGGAGCUCUGGGUCUCGACCUUUCCCCCCGUCCCUGGCCACUGAUGUUAUGCCGUUAACCCCAGAGGUUGCGUCGGACUUUGAUUUCAGAGGCUUAUAUUUUUUAGUUAAGACAUGGAGUACCUUUGGUCAGCUUGCUAUCAUUGUCAGGUUUCUUCAUUCCAGGAAGUGCUCGAUUGGCGGUGUCUCUUCAUUGGAGAUUUUUUUCUUGUUUCUUUUGUCAACUGCACUUAGUGGAAAGCUACCCUUAAAUGAAAAGUACAAGAGUUCUGAUGCAAAUAUUUUCUGAGAAAUGCGUUGGAUCUUUAGGGAAGAUCUGCAAUGCGUUGUCGCUGCAACAUCAAAUCGAGAUCCUUGGGAAACCGUCUUCUUGGGGCUGAAUUCUGCAAGUAAAGGAAUGAAAUUUGCGUUCGUUUUUAAUUUUAGAUGAGCCUGUUACACUGAAUCUUUGCAGAGUUGGUUGUUCUGAUCUCUGUCUUCGUCUUUUCUCCUGAUGGGUACUGGUUAAAAGUGACAAGAUAUCAUCUGUAAGAUGCGACAAAGAUUCUAUGUAGAUCAGCUGAGAUAGAUCUUUUCAAGUUUGUGAUAGCAUCGUGUGAUUGUCUGGAGUAUUGAAUCCUAUCUGUUGGUUGAAUUGAUAAUCAGCCUCAACUCUUCUUGGGUUGGUGUCAGUAUGUUCUAUAGUACUUGGAGUUUUCUUCUUUAUAUGCCUAGCAGUUUUUUUUGGAGUCGUUGGUCGUAAAUAUUUCAUGAAUAAGGCUACAAAGUCUAUCCAUUCGUUGUUCCAUGCUCAUGGACGUUGCAACAGCAAACUGAUGGUGGAAUCAGCUAUAUCAGCCAGGCAGUAGUUUAUAUUUUAUAGUUUUCUUUUAGAGUCGUCUACUAAGAUAAGCGUCAUAAAUUUGUCCUAUCAGCUCAUUUUUUGUCUGAAUAAAUAAAAGCGUCACGAGCCCUUGCAAUUGCAGAAAUGGAGAGGUACAAGAUAAUCAAAGAAGUUGGUGAUGGAACAUUUGGGAGUGUAUGGCGAGCUAUAAAUAAGCAGACCGGUGAAGUUGUUGCAAUUAAAAAGAUGAAGAGAAAAUAUUAUUCGUGGGAAGAAUGCAUAAACUUGAGAGAAGUUAAGUCGUUGAGGAAAAUGAAUCAUCCAAACAUUGUGAAGCUGAAGGAGGUCAUUAGGGAAAAUGAUAUCUUGUACUUUGUGUUUGAAUACAUGGAAUGCAACCUAUACCAACUUAUGAAAAACAGGGCAAAGCUUUUCUCAGAAGCUGAAAUAAAAAAUUGGUGCUUCCAAGUAUUUCAAGGUCUUGCAUACAUGCAUCGUCAUGGAUACUUUCAUCGCGACCUUAAACCAGAGAACUUGCUGGUUUCAAAAGACAUUAUUAAAAUUGCUGAUUUUGGCCUUGCUCGCGAGAUCAAUUCUCAACCACCAUAUACGGAAUAUGUCUCAACACGCUGGUAUCGGGCCCCUGAAGUUCUGCUUCAAUCACCAACAUAUAACUCUGCAGUUGAUAUGUGGGCAAUGGGGGCAAUAAUGGCUGAACUGUUCACUCUUCGUCCUCUUUUUCCUGGUUCAAGUGAAGCGGAUGAGAUAUACAAAAUAUGCAACGUCAUAGGCACUCCGACUGAAAGUGAAUGGGCUGAGGGACUUCAACUAGCAAGUGCUAUAAACUACCAGUUCCCACAGCUUACUGGUGUUCAUCUCUCUGUGUUGAUGCCAUCUGUAAGCGAGGAUGCAAUCAGUCUUGUUAGAUUACUAUGUUCAUGGAAUCCUUGCAAGAGGCCAACCGCAUUGGAGGCCCUCCAGCAUCCAUUCUUCCAGAGUUGUUAUUAUGUUCCACCAUCUCUUCGUUCCAAAAAUGUUAUUGCUAGAACACCUCCAUCUGUUGUUGCAGCUGGAACUAGGGGAUCUUUUGAGCAGAAAAGUGCCAGGAAGCAUUCUGGGACUUUGUCUAGUAUGAAGCCCACAAUCAACUCAACUGCCAGAGCUAAUGUGUCUCUAAGCACAGGUGUGCAACGGAAGUUGGAAAUGAAUAAUCAGGAUGCAAUUAAGAACGAUAAAUAUUUGAAGAGCUCUGCCAAACCUCCACCAAGAUAUGGACCGCCUGCAAGGAACAGUCCAACAUCCAUUUACAGCGGUAAAGGAUCACGCGGAGUUUCUGAUACAAUUGAGAAGUUGGCAAACAUGACGGUUGGUUCUGGUAGAGUGCCCGUGCCCGCAAGGCAGCCCUUGCCACCACCUCUGAAGGCUGGAGGAUGGAAUGGCCACUCUGAUUCGUUUCUUCGACGAUCGCAGGACAUUCAACCCGGAAGAACUUAUUCCCGGAAAAUUGUGGGAUGAAGAAAUGUCUGAUGGGAGGUGAAAAUGGAUUAUGAAAUAACAAUGGGAUUGUUGUUCUCUUGCGCAAAUAUUGCCUUUUCUGUUUGUGGCUUGGUCAAGUUUGUUUGGUUACCAAUUAACUAAGUAAAUGUUACUUCGUGUUUUGUGAGAUGUUUGAUGAUUGUUUAAUAUAAUAAUAUGGUUCAAAGUUGUGGCUUGUGUUA